AUGGCCGUCACACGAAUCGCUUUAUUCAUAAUAUUUAUAUUGCCUGCGCUUGCGCAAGACAGCUUUACACCACAAAUAACUGUGCAAGCUUUUAAACCCAAGGGAUUUAGAAUAUAUCUGCCAGGAGAUGCAAAAAUUAAGUUUCUUCGUAUACAAGUCGAGCUUAAUUCCACUGUGCAUAAAUACCGAUUGGACGAAUUUGUUUUUCACGAAACAAAGGGCUAUUGGGUAUUUGAGAAACCGGAUAUUAAAUUAAGGAUAGAUGAUGUAAUACGAUACGAUAUAUUUUUAUGCACCAAAAACAGUAUCAUUACUGAUCCUUCUGACGACAGUAACAGGCAGUUCUUUUGUAAUGGCUAUGUUAAAGCUGAUACCUUUAAUGUAACAAAUCUAGAUGAGCGUAAUGAGCUACCACCAGUGUAUAACCGUGAAUGUCUCUCCGAAUUUCGCCUCACCAAAGUACCUAAUGGUGAGGUGUGUGCUGGUGAUGUAUUAUUGGAAGAACACUUCGAUGAUCUCUUGAACCCAGAACUAUGGGAAGUGCAACAUUAUAUACCAAUGGAUCAUCCGGAGCAUCCAUUUGUGUCAUAUCAGAAUAUUGAUAGUGGGACUGUAUAUGUUUCUGGUGGGUCUCUUAAUAUUCAAGCGAUGAUCCAGACUGAACUGCAGGGAUACAAUCAGGAGUCCUUAUACAAGGGAUCUUUAGAUCUCUAUAGUGGAUGUACUGGCCGAGUCUGCGCUAUGCAUGCUAUGGGGCCUAUGAUUUUGCCGCCUAUUGUCAGUGGCAGGGUGAGAUCACGCGUACCGUUUAAAUAUGGGACUAUUCAUAUUAGAGCAAAAAUGCCUAUUGGUGACUGGAUUUACCCAGAGAUGCUGCUAGAACCAUUAGCAAAUAAAUACGGUAGUAUGUUCUACUCUUCUGGAGCUUUUAAAAUAGCUAUGGCAAGAGGAAACAGAAACUUGAACGAUACUAAGUAUAAUAGUAAAGUGUUACAAGGCAGACCAAUUCUCAAUUCAAAAUGCAAACGUGUCUUUGAUUAUUACAAAAAACAGCGCACAGACAACUCAUCUUGGGGUGAUGACUUCCAUAUAUAUUCUCUUACCUGGCAACCAGGCCUAAUCCAGCUAUCAAUAGACGGCACGCCAUGGGUGACAUACACACCUGGUUCAUCUGGUCUCAGGUCAUGGCUUCCGAAAGCCUGCAGACAAGACUGGUAUACUUUACUGGCAGGACCAAAGAUUGCACCAUUCGAUCAGCAUUUCUAUUUAAGUCUUGGCGUAGCAGUUGGGGGCACGUUCGAAUUUCCGGACAAUGUUGUAGCGAGCUACGGGAAGCCGUGGAAGAACAGCGACUCCAGAGCGGCUCGGGACUUCUGGAACGCUAGGUUGGAUUGGCUCCCAACGUGGACGCAGCCAGUACUUUCUGUGGACUAUGUGAAAAUUGUUGCUAUAUGA